AUGAAGUUCUUCGCCCCUCUCGCUCUUUUGGCCGCCACUGCCCUCGCUGGCCCUCUCGGUGUUCGCUCCUCUACCAGCGAAUUCAAGCUCAAGACCCACGGUGCUACUAUCGACUCUCUGAAUGACCUCUACGUCUACUCCUACCACACCGGAGCCGGUCUGAGUGACGCCGUCCUCUCUAACACCUCCUCUGAGGCCACUUCCUUCUGGAUCACCAACGGCACCGUCUACGCUGACCUCGAGGACUCUUACUCCUGGGGUCUGUCUAUCAACGGUGACACCGACGAAGCUUCUUGGGAGCCCGUUGUCAUUGACGCUGAUGGUGGCGAGUCUGGAUACUCCAUCUCUCACGGCAAGUUGAUUGGUUCCGCCGAGGAGGAGUUCGACGGCUGGCUCGUCUGCCCCUGGUACCACAACGCUCCCCAGCUGUUCGCUCUUGUUUCCGGUUUCAAUGCCAACAUCCCCUCGAGCUGCAGCAAGGUCACCCUCGAGGCUGUCUACUAG